AUGGAAAGAGCAAUCCUUCAAUCAAGCAAGCUUUACUGCCUUACCACGGCUUCUGACAUAGUGAGGGGCGUGCCCGCUGAUGAUGAUAAUGAGGUUGAUGAGGAUGAGAUCAUGUCAGUCGCUGAUGAUGAUAAUGAGGUUGAUGAGGAUGAGAUCAUUCUGAACACUCAUAGAAUAUAUGCUGAUCUCAGUGAAAGGUUGGAAUAUAACCUCUACAACUCAGAUAACUCAACAAUAAAGUGA